AUGACUGAAAGACGUAUUCUUAAUGAACACCAUUGGAAAGAGAGUCUUUUCGGUUGUUGUUCGGAUCUAUCGACAUGUUGUUAUGGUUGUUUUUGUACAGCGUGUUUAUUUGGUGAAAAUGUUCGAAAAACUUCAACAGAUGCUGGUUUUUUUGGUGGUUGUUGUGGAUAUUUUUUAACACAAGCAGGUUGUUGUUGUCUUGUACAUAAACCAGCUCGAAUACGUUUUCGUGAAGCAUAUGGAUUACAAGAAGGCCAUGGACUUGCUAGUGAUUUUUGUGCAUCAUGGUGUUGUUCAGCAUGUGGUGUUUGUCAAGAAGCGCGUGAAAUUAAAAGUCAAGGUGCACCACCAAUGGUAACGGUUGUUGCUCAUGUAGGUACUCAACCUACGGCCGUUGGAAAUAAACCACGAUAA